CACCAAUAAUUCACCAAACAUGCACGCAAAGAAGAUCAGAUUAGCCCCCUCAAAACUCUAUAUAAACACCCCUCAUCUCUACAUUUCCUCACAUCAAAACUAUCCUCCCAAAAACUAUAUAUUACCAAAAUAUACCAUUCAUCAUUAUGAGUCCUAUAUAUUUUUCUCUUGUUACAAUUCUACUGUCCAUCAUUACAAUCACCCAUGCAACCACCAUCACCGUAGUCAACAACUGUGACUACACCGUGUGGGCUGCCGCCGAUCCAGGAGGCGGUAGACAACUCAAUAAAGGAAACACAUGGAACCUAAACCCAGCACCCGGGACCAAAAUGGCACGUAUUUGGGGCCGAACUGGGUGCAACUUUGAUGGCAAUGGCAACGGCAAUUGUCAAACCGGAGGGUGUGGUAAACUAGUGUGUAACCCGGGCAAUUGGGGUACAAUCCCAAAGACUCUAUUCGAGUAUACUCUAGCACAACCAAAUAAUCCAACCGACACCAUCGAUAUAUCCCUUAUCGAAGGCUUCAAUAUCCCAAUCUCCUUCAGUCCCACUUCCAACUCCGGUGCACUUGGUGGGAAUUGUCGUACAAUUAGGUGCACGGCUGACAUUAACGGGCAGUGCCCCCAGAACUGGAGGGUUCCCGGCGGGUGUAAAAGUCCUUGCACGUCGCAAGGUAUCGGAACAUGUGGUGCUAAUGGUGACUCUAGGUUUUACAAACAAAGGUGCCCUGAUGCUUAUAGUUACCCUAAUGAUGAUCCAACUAGCACUUUCUCUUGUCCUUCUGGAACUAAUUAUAGGCUCACUUUCUGCCCUUGAACGUUGAUGAACAACUAACAAAGGAUGAUAUGUUAUUACUUAUACAUGUGAUGAUACUUCAUAAUAUACAUGCUAAAUUAAAGCUAUAGAUUGAUGGAAAUUCAACUAUAUGUGUAAUAAGCUAGAGCUAGUUGGUCUUAAUGUUCAGCUCUAGCAUUCUGUAUUUUCAGCUGAAAAUA